AUGACCAGCGCAUCUAAUAACUUCGACGCAUACGGAGUUUCUAUCCGCUGGCAACUGCAUGAUUUUAUCGCAACGUCCAUAACGGCUCCGUCUACUUCUACUACAUCUUCACUCUCUUCUAUAUCAACAGGAGCAGAGACAACCACGGCAGCACCUUCGAACACGAGUCAUCCAGCUUCGUCCACGUCGUCACUAUCUACUGGAGCGAAAGCUGGCAUUGGAGUCGGCGUGGCAAUCGGAGGCAUUCUCAUUAUUCUUGCUGGUGUCUUCCUACUCUAUAUACGCCCUCGACAACGACGUGGUGAAAACGGUAAUCAUGGCUGGCAUGGUUAUUACCGGAAUAAAGAUCACAAUGCAGAAUUGACGACUACGACACCUUCAACUACACGAGAACUAUACUCACACUCUCUAGGAGAGCUUGGUAAUACACCGGCAAGGCGAACAGCCCCUCCUGUUGAACUAGAGGGGACGAGGCCCCCUAGGGUAGGCCGUUUUGAAGAGGAUUUAUGA